AUACAUACCGUACAGUUAAUCAAUCAGUGGUUCGGAUCGUUGCUCUUUCGAACCAGUUUGGUGAUCUCGUGUAUGUGGAUUCUGCCGGCCGCACUGCGUGAGCUGGCUGGGAAAGAAAAACACGCAUAGAGAGCAUUGGUCAUUCUCUCGACGUCGCUGCCGUGGAUGCCUGUCCUCGGCCGCCGUCGAUCUGUCGUCAAAAUCACUGACGUCACGGCUGCGGCGGCGGGUACGCCAUCGGAGGCUUUUCCACACUCCGUCCUCCCAUAUCCGCCGUCGAUUCCAAAUCCCACCCACGUACAACCAAGCCCUGGCUCCCCCUCCCACGCCACUUCCCUCGGGAUUGCUAGGGCUUCUGGUGGCCGCCAAGGUUCCGACGGAGACGGACGGGGAUCCCAUGUAGAAUCGAGGGCUCGCUCUCUGAGUUCCAAUACGAUUACAUUGGGAUGCCAAAGAUGCAGCCUUUGGCCCUGCCGAAGCUGCCGGUUAAAGCCAGAGCGGCCGUCUGGGGCUUUUCCUGGCUGCUUCGGGGAUCAUGCGGCGUUGAAGGAGGAGAUGUUGGAAGAGAUGGUAGCAGAGGAGGAGGUCAAGGAUCUGAUAAAUAAAGGGUUUUAUAGAAGACCUGGAGACCGUCAAAUAUCGUUUCUGGUGGUGACAAGCUUUUCUUUGAAAAUGAUUGAUGUCAGAAUCAUGGCCGACUGUAAGAAGCUGUUGCUGUCAGAAUAUUUGAUGUCAGGAUCAUGGUUUUGUGGCUCAGCUUAUUCCUAAAUGAAUUGUUCUCCUUCAAUUAAGCCACUUAGAGAUGUCCCUCUCAUUCCCUUUUGAACAUCACUGCAAAAGGAGGUUUGGCCCCUUGGAAGGUUAAAUUUUGAUUGUCAUUGGUCAGUAGCAAUAACACUUUCCAUGGAGUGGAUUGUAGUAUGCCCCAUUAUACAAUUGUAUGCAUGAGUUUGGAAAAAUAUUGAGCAUGGAGUAGUUUAUUUUCAUGUCUUAUUGCUUGAUCGCUUCAGAGUGUAUGGCUCCAGUUUCUCUUGUCAUUUACAAAUUGAGCAUAUACAAAACUUGUUUAUUCUUUCAAAUCAAACAGCAUCGGACUGCCUCUUUCUUUUGGUUGAUCAUCUGUUAUUCAAUCAAAUUGAAUUAUGAGCUUUAUGUGGCACUGUAUUGUAAUAAGUUGUAAAUCCCUACUUUUCUUCAUUUCUUUCCUGCAACGCAUGGUUCUGAUUUAUUUUUCUUAUGCAUGAAUUAUUCUACAUUUUGGCUAAUUUUAAAUGAACGUUUUAUCAGGACACUAUGUCAUAAUAUGUGGUGAUGAUGAGAUUAGAGAUCCUCCUGGUUCUAGGUGUUCAGAUAUAACUUCCAUUUUUUGUACCAAAUUUGAAAGAAACUUAGUAUGUCUUGCACACAUAUAACAUGAUGGAGCAGUGUACCAGUGAUGCUAUAUUACCUCUAACUGCUCAGACAUCAGCUUUAUUUGCAAUAUGUUACAUCUUUGAAUCAUGUGAGCACUGACUGCUGGGCUGGUAACCGUGACACAUGCUGCUAUUUGAAAGCAUCAGAAAUAAGUUAUAGUUAUUGCCUGGAUUCAGUCUUCAUGUAUUUCUAUGCCUAUAUAAGUUUUUGUCAUGCACAACCAUAAUAUUGUUAUGUAUGUUCAACAUGAGUUUGUUAAAGCGAGCGGAAAAUGUGAAUGGGGUAGAAAAGCUUGCAAUGACACCAAAUGCUGCCCUUAAUAGAAGUGAUUGGUGAACAAGGAUCCAUAAAGCUGAACCUGGUUGGUGAGGACAAGCCUUGCUGCUAAUGGUGGUUUGGUUAUUUUCAAAUCGGCUAUGAUAAUUCAUAUCUAAGAAGUCCAUUCUGGAUAUCUAUUUUUAAAAUGGCCUGUCAAUCUUGCUAUCAAGGAAUUUGGAUAUUUACUUAACACUUGAAUGCAUACUUAAAUUCUCUACUGUGAAAUGAUAUUUGUUAUCCUCAAAAGAAUUACAACAGGUUCUACAUAGGUUUUCUGAUAUUCUAUGCCACUUUGUAUUUAGUGGCUUCUUUAUUGGUGUUGUGAUUCUCAACUGAUUAACCUGGUGGAAGAUGGACUCAACAGGAACACCACUUUUCUUUUUAUUGUUAUUCUAUUAUUUUCUUCUUAAUUAGAUAGAUAUAUGUAUUUGGGAUGUUGUACUGCAAGUUGAUUCAUGCUUUGACUAGUGUUCUCAA